UUCGAGACCAUACAAGAAAUUAGAAUUUGGAAAAGUCUUGGGCAUGAAGCACCGCCAAAAAUGCAGGAGCUCUAUGGAUUGGAAGAAAAACUGGGGAACUUAAACGACGAUGUUCAACUCAUGUGUCAUCAGUACAAUGAAGCAAUCCAAGGCAUCGAAGAAGAGGAUUUUGGUCUAUUUAUUGACUACAUUGCUAAGGUGAACGAAGAUUUAAAUCCUGCGAUGUUUUUCUACACGUGGUCUUCAAAUGUGCCAGAAAAUUAUUUGCAACGCCAACUCAAGUCUACUCUUGAAUUUAAGAAGCUCGUAAGAGAACUUAAUGAGACGAAGACGUCGAUGGAAACCAUAGCCACCAAUUUAGCAGCAUCCAAAAUUAUGAAAAUCAAUCCCAUCGACUUGUAUAGUUUCAGUGAAGUGCAGGAAGCAUUUGAGCACACCGUGAGGCACGAUUUUGAAGAGAUACUAGCCUGCCUUGAGAAAGUCAGAAUGCUGUUUGGAGAUAUUUCAGUUAAUGUAAAAAUUAAAUCAAAAUAUUUUAAAACACGUCUGAGCUAA